CACAUGCGCAAUAUAUAGGAAAACAAAAAAUGGCGUAUGGUGAAUCUUAGGAGUACACCGAUGGGUAAAUCAUGUCAGUUGUAGACUUUUAUACCUAAGUUUACAAAUAAAGACUUAUAUUAUUUGUUUCGAAACUGAGCAACCAUGCUUGAUCUCGAAGUUGUUCCUGAAAGAUCUCUCGGAAACGAACAAUGGGAGUUUAUUUUGGGUAUGCCAUUCUAUCAAACUGUAAAUAUCUUAAAACGUCAAGACCGUGUGAUAAAAGCUGUUCAAAUUCGAUACAGUAAUACUCAACCUUUACAAAUGGAUCUGGUUGUAAGUUUAUCCCAGGAUGGAAUCAAACUGAUCUUUGAUCCAGUAUGUCAACGGUUAAAAAUCAUUGAAGUAUUUUGUAUGAAUAAAGUUAAAUUAAAAUAUUGUGGUGUGCAUUUUAAUUCCUUACAAGUUCAGCCUACCAUUGAACAGAUUGAUCAGUCGUUUGGGGCAACACGUCCUGGAGUGUAUAAUUCCGAGAAACAACUUUUUGUUUUAAAUUUCCGUGGGCUUUCCUUUGAUUUUCCAAUUGAAUCCAAAUUUGAGCCUCGUUAUGCUCAUGGACUUGGAUCCCUUCAAUUUCCAAAUGGAUCAUCUCCGGUUGUAGCUAGGAUGUGCAUUUAUUCUGGAAAUAGUUUAAGUGAUACAAAAUCACCUCCACUACCAAUCACAUGUUUCCAUGGAGACUGUUUUGUCGAUUGUGUUGAAGUGCUGAGAGAUUACAACUCUACGAAAGGAUUAAAGUUCAUUCUUGUAACUGAAGGUAAUGGUUCCAGCAAACUGUUAGACACAAGAAAGAAAACAGUAGACAGAAUUGUUAGAUUCUCAGAUUCUUGUCAAGAUGUGAUUAGUGCCUUAGGAUGUCCUAGUAAGGUGUUCUAUAAAUCAGAAGAUAAAAUGAUGAUUCAUUCCCCUGAUGCUCAUCGAAGAGUUAAAUCACGCUGUUCUGAUUAUUUUUACAACUAUUUUACAAUGGGUGUCGACAUACUUUUUGAUGCAAACACCCACGUAGUGAAAAAAUUCAUUUUGCAUACAAACUAUCCAGGUCAUUACAACUUUAAUAUGUAUUAUAGAUGUGAAUUUAAAAUCCCUAUCCAUAUAGAUAAACCAGAAUUAGAAACUGGAUUAUCUGAGGAAGAGCCAUUGAUUAUCACAGCAUAUUCCAAGUGGGACAAAGUGCAGAAAUACCUGCUGAAACCAGAACAGAGACCUGUUAUUCUGACCCGAUCAUCUUCAACUAAUACCAGUAACCCUUUUGGAUCAACUCUCUGCUAUGGUGUUCAUGAUAUGAUAUUUGAAACCAUGCAGAACCAUCACAUCGCAUCAAUUACCUUGUAUCAACCUUCCAAUGUGUCCUCACCCACAAAUGACAUUCCAAUGUGCUGAGGUGAACUGCCAUCUUUCAGAAACAAAGACCCCCUAUAUACAUAUAUAUAUAUAAACUUGUUUUGAGGAUAGCUUUGCUUUCCUUUCAGACAAGAAUUGAGGAAAAUUCUGCUGCUCUAUUUUGGUUUCCACCCUAACGAAUGUAAAACUGAAAAAUUGUGUAUCACUUUGUGAAUAUUUAGAGGAAAAAAAAAAAAAUCAUUCAAAUGCUUCCCCUUCACCCUAUCUGGUUUAUUAGUUUUAGGUUCAUUUGAAGUCAGUGGUUAUGAUGACUUUCUUGUUACCUGACCCUUAUAAACCCAAAAUGUCAAUUUAAAUGGGAGUGAUUAGAUGAGAAAUUCCUAAAUUUCUGUCUAACUAGAACCUUUCUUUCCUUGUCAAUCUCAUUAAAAUAUCAAUAUAUGACUGAAGAUAGAAUUCAAUGAAGCAGAAAAAUUUGUAUUUCAUUGAGAAUUUAAUUAUUCAUUUCACAAUUCUAGUGAUUUUUAAAACAUUUGACCUGUAUUUACAAAUUUACAGGUGAAUCUUUUUUCUUUGCUAUUCAUUGAGGGUUUUUUUUUUCUGUUAUAACAUACAUCAUUUCAAUAUUUUUUUUUCUUUUAAGUUUCAUGGUAGCCUUUAUACAUUAUAUUCUAAUGAAAUUUUUUUAUCAAAACUUAUCCUCAGUAUUUCAGGGUAUGAUUUAACAGUACCAAUACAUUUUGAUUGUAAAAGUGAUUACAAAUUUGAAGUGGCUUUGAUAUUUUCCUUUCUUUUUAAAAACAAACAAAACAAAUGAAGCCAUGCCAGCUUAUGCUGCAAUAUAAAAAAAAAUAUAUAUAUUUGCUUUCACUUUUUCACUUACCUAAAAUUCCCAAACACAAAAUUUUGAUAAUUUUCAUCUCAUAUAAUUGAAAUUAUGUUGAAGAAACUAAAUUUUAAAAUUAUUUUAAAGAUCUCUUUCCAUGAAACAUCAAAAAAAGAAAAUGAAAUGAAUUUUUUUUUUUUUGAAACUUAUUGAUUUAUCUUUAAAAACUAUUUCUACAAUCUCUCAAUUGCCACAUUCAUUUGGCUUGUGAUAAUAAACAUUGAGAAAAGAGAAUGCACUCAUACUGCUGAAAUUCUAAUUACAUUGCAGAUAAAUUUGAAAUAAGAUAGCUUACAAAAUAUUUUCAGAUUAAAUAUUUAAAGUAAUUUCUUUCAUUUUAUCAUUUAUAAAAGAUAGAGCUGACUAUGCAUUUUCAACAGUCUUGUGUUUUCUAUAUUUUAUAAUUUAAGCUUACUAUAUUUGUAUAAGGCAUGCUUUACUGACAUAGAAGUCAACAGCUUUCAGCAAGCUAUUAAAUUAAACCCUCAAGUGAGUGUUGUGAAAAAAAAAAUGCAAUGAUCAAAUAGUAUCAGCCUUUCCGCUACUACCUCCUAUCUGAUCACAGGCAUUGCACCUCCAUCAUAAAACUAAAUUCCACUGCAUCUUCAACUGAAAUAGAAACUAUCAGGCUGUAAUAGCCCAAAAAAUGUUUUUUUUUUCUUUAUCAAGACUGGUUCUAAAGACUUUUAAAGUUGAUGUAGAUAUUUCUUGAGACUUGAAAACUGUGAAUUCAAUUUCAUUAGAAAAAUAUCAAACAUGAGCGUAUGUAUAUGUAUAUAUAUACACACACACACAAGCUUUCAAGUGUUUACAAAAAUUUUAACUAAGGGCAGGUGAUAAUAGGUUCUAAAUUUUCAAUCUAGUCAGUGUAUGAGUGAAAUAGUCUUGUUUUAUUUAUUUAUUGAAUUCACUUCAAUUACUCAGCAUAUUGAGAAAAAUGUCAACAUUUGCUUUGUACAAAGUUAAAACACGGAAAUAAAGUUGAACACACACA